AACAAUUUGGUUUAAUCCAAUCUGUCUAUUUGAUUUUGAUUGAACACUGGACAUCUCUACUGGGAAAUUAAUGGACACUUCUGGUAAACUCACUCGGGGGAUUGCCAAAUUCUACUAACAUUUUAGCAGUCCGUGACUUGAACAAAGAAAAACACAGAAGAAACAAAGAAAUGACUCUAGGUCUGAUCAAUGCAAACCCUGUGGUUCAUGCCAAGAAGGAACGGGUUGCCCGCACUGAAGAUCUCCACUCUCUUGAUGCUGUCGAUCCACUCGAAAUCUAUGAUUUUGUGAGGGAUAUAAGAGAUCCAGAGCAUCCUUAUUCACUGGAACAGCUCAGUGUUCUAUCAGAGGAAUCAAUCACCGUUGAUGACAAGCUUGGUCGUAUCUUGAUUACUUUUACUCCGACCAUCCAACAUUGCAGUAUGGCAACAGUUAUUGGUCUUUGCCUUAGAGUAAAACUACAAGAAUGUUUUCCUCCUCAUUAUAAGGUGGAUAUUAAAGUUUCUCCUGGAUCCCAUGCAGAUGAAGCAUCAGUUAACAAGCAGUUAAAUGAUAAAGAAAGAGUUGCGGCUGCUCUGGAGAAUCCGAACCUUCGCAAACUUGUGGAUGAGUGCCUUUACUCCAAUGAGCUUUAAUCAAGUACACUCAUACCCCUUUUAGCAGCUGUAUAUAGAAAAGUGAUACAAAAUAAAUGGUAUCGCUUGCGACAUAAUACAUAUGUAGAAUGCAGCCUAUAUUAUGUUUGUACAAGUGUUUGUUGGUUCUCAUGGAUGCUUAUAGAAUAGAAAUCACAACAUCUAUAAUCUAUUGCAGAAAUGGAAACAAAAUCACGCAACA